AGGAGGUCGACAAUCACAAGGCUUGCAGAGAGAAAGAGAGGCUUUUCAAACAACUUGGAGAAGUAAAGCUCUCUCUCUCUAUUUGGAUCACAUUAGAGAAAAAGCGCGCGAAUUCAAGGCAUAAAUCCAGAUACACAGCCACCUUUUAGUCACUUUAAAACCCAAUUGAGCCUCCUUCGAUUUGUUUUCAGCUAAUUCUUUAUUUGAUAUUUGCAUUUCAUUUCCUUUUGUUGGCAAUUAUUUCUUGCUUAAGAGAAACAAAUUCAGAGCUUGAUAUAUCAAGGACACCUUUCUCUGCUUUCUUUGGUUAAACUUCUGAAGCAAUCGAAGAUGCGGGGAUGGGCGAGCAGUUCCAAGGUAGCCAAAGAUGAUGACAACUUUUCGGACAAUCUACGCAAAAGCAUCAGCGUGAACGAGGAAUACCUUCAUGCAUUCAGGACUCAUUCCUACAUCGAAUUCUUCACAAAAGCCCAACUACUCGUCAAUGAGCCAUUACCAAGCUCUCCUAGAUCAAGCAUCAACAAAAUGGAUAUCCUUCUUGAGCCAGAGCAACACAUUAUACCUCCAAUCCUCGAAUCAUUCUCCCAGAACUCAUCAAACCUCAAAAACCUCAUGCUCCAUUACUUUGAAACCAGCGCUCAAGCCUCAAGAAUCUGCAGCAAACUAUUAAGAAGCAUCAAUGAGACUCAAACCAAUUUCAAUGUCCUACAAAGAAUUCUCCAUUACUCAUCAGAGCAGUACAAAUCAGCAAUCGCGGAGCUUGAUUCCUUCUCUCAAUUAAGAAGCCCAUUCGCUGAUCCAAACCCCGAAGAUUUCAAACAAAUCUGCGAUAAUUUCUCCUCUAUACUCAACUGUCUCAAAUCAAAGAGGAAGAAAACAACAAGGAGAAUUAAGCUGAUAGAGUUCAUCAAGAAGGCCUCAGGGGUUUGUCUAACAGUGGCUUGCAGCGUUUGCGCAGUUAUAGCCAUCGGCAUUGCAGUGCACUCAAUCUCUGGACUUGUUAUAGGUCCAGCUAUUAUGGGUCUCUCUCCAAAUCAAUUCAAGAAUAAAACAUCAAGCUUAAAUUGCUUCAAGUGUAAAUAUUGGAGGAAGCUGAGGAAGCAAAUUGAUUUUGCGGCGAAAGGGACUUAUAUACUGAACAGAGAUUUUGAUACAGUGAGCAGAAUUGUGGCUAGGCUUCAUGAUGAGAUUGAGCACAAGAAGGAGAUGAUAAGGUUCUCAUUGGAGAGGAGAGAGGAUAAGUUUCCUCUUGAAGAGGUUGUGAAAGAGCUAAGGAAGAAUGAGAGAUGGUUUACGAGGCAAGUGGAGGAGCUUGAAGAGCAUGUUUGUUUGUGCCUUGUUACUAUUAAUAGAGCUAGGGUUUUGGUGAUCAAGGAGAUGAUGUCUAAACCCUAGUUGGAUUAGCUAGUUUUUGAUGAUGUGAUAGGCUAGGCUAGCUUGUACAUAAGUUUUAAGGUUUAUCUUCUUGAUUUGUUAGAGAAUGUACAUAAGUCACAAUUCUUA